UUCGUUGAUAUUUCAUCAAUCUUUUCUUGAUCGUAGUUUCGUCUUUAUUAUUCUUCUUGUUGUGUUAUCGUGGACAAUUUUCCUACAAGUUCUUUGUUUCCUAUGAAGAGGUAGUAAAUCAACCAUAUGUAGAAAUCCCGUUCAUACAACCAAGAGAGUGCCAUUUUGUAUUAUUCUAUUCUGACCAUGGGGGAGAGCUCAGCACAAAAUUUGUGUCUCAAGAUCUUGGUGGCAAAAGAUGAAAACAAAGUAAUUAUGGCAGAGUCAGAUAAAGACUUCAUCGAAGUGCUUUUCAGUUUUAUGGUGAUGCCUAUUGCAAGUGCAAUUAGGUGUACUCGUAAUUGCUUAUCGGGAGGAAUUGGUUGUUUGAGUAACCUAUAUGGAAGUGUUGAGAAUCUCGACAUGAACUUACUUGAAGACGAAAGGUUCCAAGAUGUUCUGCUUAAUCCUCGGAGUGCGGCUGAAAUAUACUGUAAGAACCUUGAAAUGAAUCUAAUUGAAAGGAGUUGUUAUGAUUUUUAUGUAUGUCAUAACAAUGAAUGCAAAGUGAUAAGUUAUUACAAGCUUGGUAAGUGUCGUUGUGGAGAAGCCUGGAAACACAGGCUAGAAAUUGCACCUGGCUCAAGGUUUUUUCCUGAAGUGGAAGGCGGUUUUCUGAAAUCAACUGUACGAUUCAUCAUUACGGACGACUUUAAAGUGAUGCCUGUGGCCACCAUGGCUGAUUUAACACUGCUUAGCGAGCUUGGAAAAUAUGCAAAAGUAGAAGAGAGGACCAUCAAGAUAGGAAGAGACGAGGUUCUGAACUUGCUCAAGCGUUCCUUAAUAUCAAAAACGCCAUUGUCUGAGACAUUCUUAAAACCAUCUAUUGACAAGUCCAACAUUGAACAUCUUAACAUGAAAUAUCGGCCAGGAGGCAUGAAUCCUGGUUUGAAAGUUACAGACUUUUGGAACGGAAAGCCCAGAAUCUGUCUUAAACUCUUCUUCGACAAAGUCAAUGACAUAGUCUUAUAUGCAGUGGUUGAGGAAGAUUUUGUUAAUAUGUUAUGCGCUUUCCUCGCAUUUCCGCUCGGCUACAUUUUCAAUCAGUUUCCAUGUUUGUCAUUCGAGGGGUGCAUGGGAAACUUGCAUAAGAGCAUCCAGGGUGCCGACAUCAAUUUAUUUUCCCAUGAGGAAAGGAAGGAAAUGUUGGUUAACCCAAAGUUGUCUCCAGGUCUUGCUUACACCAGUAAUCUAAUUGACAUAGAAGAAGCCACCGUUCCAUCAUAUUCUACCUUUUCACCUCUCCUUGAAGCCAAAUAUAAAAUUUUGAGGUCAAAUCCCAAUCUUGGAAAUCAAAAGGUUUUUGAUGGAUUUGUAAAAGGACCAGCUACGUUUUUGGUCAUGGACAAUUUGGAAGUAAAGCCUCUAUCUCCUAUAUCUGUCAAACUUCUUAUAGACAAAUUGAUGGUUCCCCUCAGUGAUAUUGGUGAGCAGGCAGUGAUCUUGGAUAAAAAUAAGGCUAUGCGUCUGUUGGCAGCUUCAUUGGCAUCCAAACACGCUCUGACUAGUACAUUCUUGCACAAAGAGACAAAUCUUGAUUGCUUCGAUUUCCUGCGAGUAAUGUGGGGAGGAAAGAGGUUCGGCUCCAAGCACUACUAAAUGGCGACGAACGCAUAUGUUUAAGGUUCCUCAAACUUUCUCAUACCUAGUACUAGUUAAUAUUACAAGUUGAUUGGGGAGCUUGAUCAUCAUCAUGUUUAGUAGUUAAUGGUUCAUUGGUCUUAAUGUGAACCUUAAUUAACAAGGAGCAUUGGCUUUGAAACCUGUUAUAUGAGAAAUGGUAUGUUUUAUUAUUACCUUUGUUUGUAGUAUGAAGUCAAACAAACUGCAUUGUGC